AUGGCUUUGGUCUCUGGGCAGUGUCAGAGCAGUCAGCAGUCGUUGUUACUCCAAAUGAAGAACAACCUGGUAUUCGAUUCGGCUUCAGCUGUACGUCUGAUGCAAUGGACUGAAAGCACUGACUGUUGUACUUGGAGCGGUGUCAACUGCAAUGUGGUAGGUCUUGUGAUUGGCCUGGAUUUGUCCUUUGAAUCAAUCACCGGUGAAAUUGAGAAUGUGACAGGCCUUUUCGAUCUUCAGUAUCUUGAGAGCCUGAAUUUGGCUUUUAAUAGAUUCAACGCAGCUCAAAUUCCAUCCAAGAUUGCUAACCUCACAAAUUUGACUUAUUUGAAUCUUUCUUAUGCUGGGUUCGCUGGCCAGAUUCCUAUUGAAAUCACAUACAUGGCAAGGUUGGUUACUCUUGAUUUAUCAAGUUUUAGCUUUUUAGGAUCUUCUCUCUUGAAACUCGAGAACCCAAACUUAAGAGUGCUGGUUCAAAAUCUCACAGAGCUCAGAGAACUAUAUCUUGAUGGCGUAAACAUAUCAGCCUCUGGAAAGGAAUGGUGCCAAGCAUUAUCAUCUUCGCUGCCUAAUCUGAGUGUUCUGAGCUUAUCCAACUGUUUUCUUUCGGGCCCUAUCGAUUUUUCCCUCACAAAUCUGCGUUCACUUUCAGUAUUUCAUUGGGGCGGUAACAAGCUUUCGUCCCCGGUUCCAGAAUUUUUGGCUGAUUUCCCCAAUUUGACCUCCUUGCAUCUCCCUUAUUGUGACUUGUAUGGAGUCGUUCCAAAGAAACUGUUUCAGAUUCCAACACUAGAGACUCUAGACCUAUCAUAUAACGAGUUUCUUCAGGGUUUUCUCCCAGACUUUCCUCAGAAUCUCUCUCUUCGGUCUCUGGUGCUCCAGCACACAAAUUUCUCAGGGACGAUACCAGAUUCCAUAGGCAACCUAAAAAAUUUGUCGAUCAUACAUCUUUCAUUUUGCAAUUUCAAUGGUCCACUCCCAUGUUUUCUCAUGUCCGAAAAAGUCAGCUAUCUGGACCUCUCUCAUAAUUUUUUGACUGGCCAAAUCUCAUUCACGGAUCGUGGAAAGCUUUUCAAUGUUGUUUAUGUUGACCUAAGUUAUAAUUCACUCGAUGGAAGAAUCCCCGGAUCUCUUUUUGCGCUGCCAUCACUACAGAGACUAUAUCUAGACAACAACCGAUUUGAGGGCCAAAUUCCAGAGUUUUCAGAUGCACCCUCUUCUCUACUUAAAAGCCUUGAUUUAAGUGCCAAUAGAUUAGAGGGCCCUAUUCCAGUGUCAAUUUUUGAACUUGAAAAACUUAAUGUCCUCGAACUUUCUUCCAACAAGUUAAAUGGCACUGUGCAGCUAGGCAUGCUUCAAAAACUUGGUAAUCUAACUAGGCUUGAUCUUUCAUACAACAACUUGGCAGUGCAAGCAAGUAGAAGCGAUUCUUAUUUCCUUCCCAUGAUCAGCACACUGAGAUUGGCUUCUUGCAAAUUGAGCGUUUUUCCUACUCUAAAAUCGCAGCUAUAUCAUUUGGACCUUUCUGACAACCAAAUUUCAGGGGAAAUACCUAACUGGAUUUGGCAAAGUGGUAAUCGGGCACUCCACCAUCUAAAUCUAUCACAUAAUCUCCUGGUUGGUCUGCAAGAACCUUAUUCUGUUUCUGACCUGGAUGUUCUUGACUUACGCUCCAACCUUCUUCAAGGAAAGAUUCCAAAACUACCACCAACGGUUGUGUAUGUGGAUUACUCAAAUAACUCUUUCACUUCAGUUCCGACUGACAUUGUUCUUCAAGUUCUCGACUUAUCAGGCAAUAAUUUCAGUGGCAGGAUACCGCCAUGUUUAAUUGAAAGCAGUUAUGGACUUGGUGUACUAAACUUGAGGAGAAACCGUCUUCAAAGCACCAUUUCUGAUACAUUUUCUGAAAACUGCACACUACAAACAAUUGAUCUGAGUGAUAAUCAGCUAGAAGGAAUGGUUCCGAAAUCUCUGGCCAAUUGUGCAGACUUACAGAUUUUAAAUAUUGGGAACAACCACUUCAACGAUACAUUUCCGUGCUGGUUAAACAAUGUCUCCAGUUUGCGAAUCCUAAUUUUGCGAUCCAACAAAUUUCAAGGUGAGAUUGAUUGUCCACAGAUUAAAGGCUCCUGGCCAAUGCUUCAGAUUUUCGACCUAGCUUCCAAUAGAUUUUGUGGAAGACUAAAUAAAAAAUACUUGACUACCUGGGAGGCAAUGAUGGCUGACAGUGUCAAAUCAGAGCUUAAACAUCUUCAGUUUCCGAUCGAUCAACUCGACCAAUUAUACUACCAGGAUCAAGUGACAGUGACCACCAAAGGUCUACGCCUGGAGCUAGUGAAGAUCUUAACAGUAUUUACCUCCGUUGACUUGUCAUGCAACAAUUUUCAAGGGCCAAUACCAGAAGAGAUGGGGCUAUUAAAAUCACUUCAUAUUCUCAACUUGUCUUACAAUGCAUUCACAGGCCCACUUCCACCAUCAGUAGAAAACAUGAAACAACUAGAGUCGUUGGACCUCUCAGUCAAUAACCUGACCGGGGCUAUUCCUGCACAGCUUGCAAGCCUAAAUUUCCUAUCGUUCCUGAAUGUCUCGUAUAAUCACUUUGUUGGAGAGAUCCCGUUAGGUACUCAACUCCAAUCAUUUUCUUCGACUUCUUUUGAUGGCAAUGAAGGAUUAUGUGGGCCACCUUUGACAACUGAUUGCACAAACUCUAGCAUCUUACCAACUCCACCAUCAGCUUCACCACCAGAAAGUAAGAUUGAUUGGCUGUUUAUAAUGAUGUCGAUUGGAUUCACGGUAGGUUUUGGAGCCGUUGUUGCGCCCCUGAUGUUUACAAAGAAGGUAAACAAAUGGUAUGACGAUUGCAUCAGCAAGUAUAGGGUGAAAUUAGGCAUGUAA